AUGGCAGCACGAGCAACAACCAAACGAGCAUCAUCAAGAUCAAAGCUGGGUUGCUUCUCUUUGGCUGCAUAUUCCAAGACCAUAAUCGACCAUCUUAAAUCCCUUCAAAUCCCAAUCUUCCCAGGCUUAACCGACCAAGAAUUCUCCUCCAUCGAAUCAACUUUCGGCUUCACUUUCCCACCCGAUCUCCGCUCCAUCCUCCAACAAGGCCUCCCCGUCCACCCUUCUUUCCCCAACUGGCGGUCGUCUUCCCCUCACCAACUCAACAUUCUCCUCAACCUCCCGUUAUUGUCUCUGUCCAACAACGUUAGGUUCCACAACUUCUGGUCCGACUCAUGGGGUCCUAAACCUUUCAACUCCGAUGAAGCCCUGGGUUUGGUUAAGAAGUUACACAAAAAAGCCUCCUCUUCUUCCUGUUUACAGAAACUGUUAUGUCCCUUCCACGCCGAACGUGCGUGGGAACCCUGUUUUUUACGUCGAUGGGGAGCAGAGGUGGGGGUGACCUUCUUCCUGCUUGGGCGGCUACCUCCGUACGGAGGAUUGAUUUUGGACGGAGGUGGCGGAGAGGGGAGGAGGGAAGUUGUGGCUCGCGGGAUCUCGGGAGGAUGGUGGAAUCGGGGUGAGUUGGUAGUGGGGGAGAGGAAUUCGAGGUUGGGGGCAUGUUUGGAGGAAGGGUUUUGGAGAUUGAGGGAGGGCAGGUGGACGGAGGAUGAGGUGAGGGAUAUGAUGAUGAUGGUCGACGACGGCCUUGAUCUUAACAACGGAGGGACUCGUUUGGUGGUGAACAACGAGGACGCGGCGUGGCACGUGAGGGUCUUGUCCGUGUUAUUACGUGGGGGUGGAGUAGGGAAGAUGUUGUGUACUCUCUGA